AUGUCCUCGGAGCUUGAAGAACUAGUGGGCUUUCUAACCUCUCCUUCCCCACCAGUGAAGAAAGCAGCCGUUGAAAUUGUUCGAGACUUAACGGGAUCCGAGGAUGGGUUAUUGUCUCUUUCCAAGUAUGCCAGUACUGUGCUUCCUUCAUUGUCUCAGCUACUUAAAGAAAAAAAGGAGGUUUCCGAACCUGCAGCAGAAGCUCUUAUAAAUCUUUCACUCAACUCGAAUUUAGCUGCAAAGAUGGUUGAGACGGGGGUGAUUAAAACAGCAAUGGAUAUGUUGUAUAAACCAGAUAGUAGCAUUACGCGGUUGUUGGUAAUGCUACUAGUUAACCUUACUCAAUUGGAUUCUGGUAUUGCUUCCUUGCUUCAGAUUGAAGAUGAGAAGAUGCAAGGACUGUUCGUUAUGAAGCUGGUGAGAUCAUUUUGUAGAUCCUCAGACGAAACCAGAGAUGAUCCAUUUGAUCAUGUUGGUUCAAUUCUUGUGAACAUUUCAAAGAAAGAAGCUGGAAGGAAGAUGUUACUAGACUCUAAGAGAGGGUUACUGAAGCAGAUUCUCCAACAAUUUGAUUCAACAAAUCCGUUACGGAAGAAAGGGGUUUCAGGAACACUCCGCAACUGUUGUUUUGAAGCUGAGAAUCAACUUCAGAAUUUGCUUUUGAUAUCUGAGUUUCUUUGGCCAGCUCUGCUUCUUCCUGUUGCUGGUAAAAAGAUAUAUAGUGAACAAGACACAUCAAAAAUGCCUCUUGAGCUUGGUAGUGCACUCUCCAUUGAGCGCGAACAGUGGGAUGAUCCUGAAAUACGUGUUGAAGCAUUGGAAUCUAUUUACUUGAUCAUAGUACAGGAGGCAGGUCUAAGAGCCUUUUGGUCUGUGAAUGGACCACGUAUAUUACAAGUCGGGUACGAAGAUGAGGAAGAUCCUAAAGUAAUGGAAGCAUAUGAACGAGUUGGCUCGUUGGUACGUCAAUUCUUGUUAGUGCUUUUUUCACUGCAGUGUUUUCUUCUAUUUGUAUGUUUCGCACCUUAUUCUGACUAUUCAUUUUACAGCUUGUUCAUGGCAGUGGGGCAGAGGAACCCUCCAGUGAGACAUCAAAAUGAUAGUUCGUUUAUGUAUGAUCCAAAUCAAACUGAUUGUUUCUGCCAUCUGCCAGAGGACUGGAAAAUGUUACUGUUAAAUUCAUUGAACUCAAGCCAUUUUUGGUGUUGUGGUGUCCAGGAUAAUACACUUGUAGUCUGUUAG